ACAGAAUGGAUUCUCAGAUUAAGCACGCCGUGGUGGUGAAGGUGAUGGGACGUACGGGGUCCAGGGGUCAGGUGACUCAGGUUCGAGUCAAGUUCACUGACUCUGACCGUUUCAUUAUGCGCAAUGUUAAGGGACCUGUGAGGGAAGGAGACAUCCUCACCUUGCUCGAGUCCGAGAGAGAAGCCAGGAGACUUCGUUGAUCCACCUGCAAGAACACAGAGCAAUGUCUGCUUAGUUCCUUUUUUUUUUUUUUUUUUGCUUCUUGUGUCUGGAUUAGUGAUUAUGCACUUGGAUUGUGUUUGGUUGUUGCUAUAAGACGAUUCCUGGAUUAAUAUUUGUUCUGGUUUUUUGAGGGUCUUCAGAGUUUAUUGUUU